GCCAGGGCAAAACGCACACGCAUCGCAUCGGCAGCUAGCGAUCGCAUUGGUGGUCUUUCUGGCUUACUACAGCCAGCCAGGAUUGAUCACAGGCAGCGCAUCGGACCCACGGGGAGAUUGCACUGAGUGCAGCCUCUUCACAGUCUGUGCGCACCGCGCGCGUCCGUGCGCAUACCACUGCAGUAUAACCCCUAGAAAUGCAGCCAAUGGAGCUAGACGACGGCCCACAGCCCGAGGGCUACGGCGCCGGCCGCGCCGCUACCAUCCUCGUCGCUGAGUGCGUGGGUACGGGCGUGUUAGCAUUGCCGUACGUCGCAUCGGUGCUGGGCACCGGUCCGUUCCUGCUCUUCGUCGCCGUGCAAGUGGCGCUCAACUUGUACGCCGGCGAACUGCUCGCGACAGCGGCAGAAAUGUCGGAACGAAGAACGAACUACGAGGCCUGCCGGAGCACAACGUCGGCGCUGUGGGACUUCGUCGACGACACGGACAACAUCGACUGGGACACGGGCGAGCCCAAGUCCCCGACGACGCGCCCGCGCGACAUGCUUGAAUUGGCUCAGGGACUUGAUGCCGGCCGGCCGCUGCGGGCACUGGUCGCGAGCGCGUGGUACGGGAACCUCGUACUGAUACUGGCUCAGUACCUCGUCGUGAUGGCGCGGUCGUUGCGCGUCGCGUUUCCGUUGCCGGGCUGCGCGGUUGUGGUAUCGCUCUUAAUCGCGGCACUCACCGCUUGGUUGAUUGCGCAGCUGCCGACGCUCGAUGCUCUAGGGAAGGGCGCGGCCCAAUUGAGCUUCGCGUCCGUAGUCGCAAUUCUCGCUAUUUGUGCCAAGCAUACGCCGACCGGCCCGCCGCCCGUCGUUGUUGAGGACGCGAGCGCGGCCGCCGUCGCGGCGUCGCUGACAACUGUUACGUUCGCGAUGAUAACGUCCAAGCUGUUCCUCAACGUGCGCCGCGAGAUGCGGGACCCGCGCGAGGCGCGGAAGACGCUUCGAUACGGCAUCGCUGCGUUUACUUGUGUCUAUGUUGUCGUUGUUUUCCUGUCGGGCCCGGAGCCGCCGCGCUUCCUGCUGGACGCGGUGCACCAUGGCACCGACGGGCGCAUCGCCGCCGGCCUGUUGUUUGCGCACGUGGCGGUAUCCUACGCGAUCAACCAGAACGUGCUCGCGCGAACGCUCGAGCGCUACCUCGGGCAUGCGCUGUCGAGGCGCGGCUGGGCGCUGAUGACCGCCGCGUUAACGCUGUCGUCGUUGCUCAUCGCGGUGCUCGUGCCAGUCUUUUCCGACCUCGUCUCUAUCAUUGGGGCUCUCACGUCAGGGCCUCUCGGAUUCGCGAUGCCGGCGUUGCUCUUCGAUCUCGCCACGCGCGAUUCGGACGUCAAGCGGCGGAGGAAGGGAGUCGUUAGCCUCGUUCUAUUCACGGUCGUCCUCACGAUAGCCGGCACAACGGGCGCGAUCGUUAGAACCGUGAAGGACUGGGAGGCGCAGGAGCGGAGCGCGCCGGGCGUGCGCGGGUUCUUUUGUGCCGAGCAGGCGGGUAGUAUGUCUUAGUAAGUGUAUUGUUGUGUUC